AUGGCGACGCACUCAGCUGAAGCGCACCGUCCUGGGUCGCCCACCAGCCCCCUCGAAGCGCUGCCCCGAUCGGCCUCCGCCCCUCAACUCCCGAGCUACAGCACGCUGUAUGCCGGGCUGCCUUUGUCAAUCCAGGAAGACUCCCCGCUUGGUUUUAGCGUCUUCGACAACCUUCCCUCGGGCAGUAACUUCAACUUUCCCCCCCGUGCGCCAGGCGGUAACUUAUCCCCCCGGGCGCUGGGCGGUGAUUUAUCGCCCCGGGCACUGGCCGGUAGCUUUUCCCCUGGGGCACUGGGCGGAAAUCUCUCCACCCGGGCGCUCCCACCCUUUCCUCCGGGCGGAAAUUUAUCCCCCCAGGCGCUCUCACCGUUUUCCCCGGGCAGAAAUCUGUCCCCCCAGGCGCUCUUACCAUUUCCCCCGGGCGCCAACUUGAACUUUUCCCCCGGGGCGCUGGGCGGUAGUUUGUCCCCCCCGGCGCUCUCACCUCUGUCCCUGGAAGCCCUGACCCGCUCCCCGGGGCAAUACCCCGAGGCAGACGCGAUUCGACGCCACGAUAGGUAUCCGGAGCUGGUCGGCCGGUUGAUGGACUGUUUGAAAGUCGGCGCGUCGGAAAACGAGAUCCGACGGCUAGACGCGCAUCGGCGGUGCCUGGUGGAGGAGUCCCGGGGGCGGGCGGCGGGGCAGGGCGCGAGCGCGCGCGAGCCCGGGUUAGAUAAGGUUAUGGAGGUCACGUGCCAGCAGCUCGUGGCGCUCAAGCAGCAGCUGCAGCAGCCGUUCGACGACGCGAACGCGUUCUGCAGUGACGUCGAGCGGCGCCUCGCGGAGAUCGGGCUCUCCCGGGCGACCAAGAAGCCGGGCAAGCGGAGGGAGAAGUCGCCCUCGCUGACGCCAUGGAAGGGCCUCGAUCUGGAGGAAGAGGAGCCGGCCGCGGGUCCAGCCGACGCGGGCGCCGCGGGAGUCCUGGCCCUGGUGGGCGCGGCCGGCCCGGCCGACAUGGGCGCGCUCAAAGCGCGCAUGAUCGCGCUGCACGGGCCCGCGAUCGCGCGCAUGGACAUCGACACGUGGAAGAAGGAGCCGAAGGCGCGCCUGCCGGCCGCCGCGAUCAAGGUCAUGCGCGGCUGGUGGGCCAAGCACCAGGACUCGCCGUAUCCUGCGGAGAACGAGAAGCAGCGGCUGGCGAAGCGCGCGGGCCUCGAGCUGCAGCAGGUCAACAACUGGUUCAUCAACGAGCGGAAGCGCCACUGGACCAAGGCCGAGCGGCGCGCGGAGCCGCGCCCGGCCGCGUCGCCGAAAGUGCGCGCCAAACCCCGGGGGUUUGCGAAGGCGAGGAAGCGGGGCGCGGUGGCGCAGGCGCCCCGGAUCGUCCUCGGGGGACACGUGGCGCACGAUGACGGGCAGAUGGUGAACAGUACAGCGUAUAUGCAGGGCAGGGGGCUACAGAUGGAGGGGCAGGUGUACAAUCAUUUGUGA